AUGACCAGCAGAAUCAAGAUGCUCCUCUCGAACGCACCUCCGGAUGCACUAAACAAUCUGCUGUCUCCGAGACGGAAGUUUGUGUACGGAUUAUUCGCCUUUGGACCUGGCACAGUACUGGGGCUAUACUUAUACUCAGUAAAGAAGCGCAUGGAGCGAGAGAACGAGGCUAUGCGUCUUGAGGAGGUGGAAACUGAACUUGGUGUGGUUCAAGAGCGACAGAAUAAGGACCUGGUGCUUGCCAAUGCUAUUCAGGAGAUGCGCGAUCGGCUUCAGCGACUGGAGGAGGAAGCACUUGCGAGUCGACACACAACAGAUGCAGGAGUAGCAGAUGCAGCAAAGAGUGUUGCACAGAAGGAGAAAACUGAUCAGUUGAGUGAGGUGUCAGCUGCUCGGGAGAGCAAGAUUGACGCGGCGUUGAGUGUGCUGAAGUCCAGCAAGACAGAACCAAACGACAUUGAGCAAGCGGCGGCAGUCUCGCCGAAAUCGUCGAUGGCUGGAUCACAGGAUCGCAGAGACAAACGCCAUCGAGAGAUCUUGCAACAGGAUAUUGCGGCGUACAUUGCUAAGCGGAAAGAGUAG